UUCUCUCCUCUGGAACUGAGUCGUUAAAUCUUUCGUUCCAGAUCCAGAUCGAUACCGUACCGCGAUUGGUACUCUCGAUCCAGAUCAGAAUUCGUAGGGGGUGAGCGAAUCCAAACACAUUGGAGGAGUUGAUGUGUGCUCAAACUUGGUUAUCAACUUUGUGAAAGCAUUGUAGCUUCGAAAAAGGGGCAUUUUCUAAAGUCUCAUGCCUUCCUCUUUCAGACAAAGCCAAUGGCUUUUCUUGGCAGCAGCGUUUCCCUUAGCAGUCUACUAGCAACGCUGAUGCUCCUGAUUAUUCUAGCAGCCGAGAGGCGGGUCUGCAUCAGGAUCCCAGAACGGAUCAUUGAAACCGCAGGAGACGUACCCAACAACCAGUCCUUGAAAACAGCAGUUUUCGCUCUGGGAAGCUUUUGGAGAUCUGAAGCUGUCUUUGGGUGCUUGAAUGGGGUUGUACAGACCACUGUCGGUUACGCUGGCGGAUCCAAAAUCAACCCUGAGUACAGAAGCUUGGGUGAUCAUGCUGAGUCUGUCCAGGUUAUAUACGAUCACAGGCUUAUUAGCUUUAGGCAACUUUUGGAGAUUUUCUGGUCAAGUCAUGAUUAUCGGCAAGUAUUUGGGCAAGGUCCUGAUGUGGGUAACCAAUACAGAUCUAUCAUUUUCACAAACGGAACUGAAGAGUCCAGAUUGGCUGCUGUGAGCAAAGAGAGAGAACAAACUAAAUCAAAGAGCAGCAGUGUAACUACUCAAAUCCUACCACUUGGAACAUUUUAUUCUGCUGAGCCUGAACAUCAGAAGUUUGAGCUGAAGCGUAGGCCAUUUCUUCUCCAAUUAAUUGGAAACUUGCCUGAAGAGGAACUUGAGAGGUCAAGAUUGGCUGCAAAACUGAAUGGCUAUGCUGCAGAGCUUUGUCCUCCAAAAAUUCAGAGGCAGAUUGAUGCAAAGAUCAAUGAAAUUAUUAAAAAAGGAUGGCCUAUUUUGAGAGACUUGUUUGUUGACCUCCUACGGUGUAUAGUAUCCUCUGAUCAUUCAUUCGAAAUCUUAUGUUGUCAACUGUGAAUUUUGACCACACUUUCACGCAUUUAGGCAAGAGACAACUUGAUCGGUGGUCCAACUUUACGGUCUGUAAACAUAAGUAUCAUGACCAAUUGUCCAAAUUUACAGUUCUGCAAGAGAAUAUUCUCCAAUAAUUUAGUUUGUUCUUGUCUGAAUUCAUGAUCCCAUAUGUCUCCAUCUGAUGGACAGGUUUUUUGGGUUCUGAGAAGGAUUGACAGUGUUCUUUUGAGGUGAGGAUUAGGAAUAUGGAGUGCAAUUAUUUCAGUUCAAGAUUGAUCCGUUCGAACAUGUCUCGUCCAACUUAAGUGUGUUUAGUCAGUAUUUGGAGCAUUGUUCAUACUUUUUCUUUUUAUUUGGUUCAGAGAUUUGAAUCGCAAAGUCUCCCCGUACUCACAUGUGACUCAUGUUUGGGGUAUAUAGGAUUUUUGCACAUUUUCUCUC